UAAAAUUAGUUAUUAAAAUCAGUUAGUUUAUUUCAGUUAACUAACCAGCAUCACUUUAUUAACUAACUUUAAUGAAAAAUGGCGUUUGGCAUGGAAGCAAGACCUACUUGUACCUCUUUUUCUUUUAACAUCCUGCGACAGCACAGCCAGGCUUUAUUCGGAGCCAUUAACGUCACAGAGCCAAUACCAAUCGCCUGGUCUCUAUACUCAAAAGGAAUCAUUGAGAAAUGCACUCUCGACAAAGUGCAAGCUUUUGGUAUCCCUCGCUACCUGCAAAUCUCUGGCCUUUUGGAAGGGGUGCUAUCAUCGGUCGAAAGCAAGCCAGAUCUUUUACAAGUAACUCUGGACGCGUUGGAGUCCAAUUCGUCUCCUGCUAUUGCUACAGUUGUGGACCAGAUCAGAUUGAAGCUCUCCUUUAACGUGGAGAGAAUGAGGGACGAGAAUUCUCUAUCACCAGGAAGAAGGAGGAGAAAACCAAAAAAUAUAGUUAUCCCUGUUGACAGCUCAGUACAUAAAGACCUCAUGCAAUUCAACCUCAAAUUCGGUGGUUUCUUUUACAAAGUUCGCAAGUCGAUAUCAGAAGAAGUCCAAUCCUCAUACCUCAAGAUACAGGAUCUUAAAGAUUACCUUUCCUGCUAUUCUCCUCAUCUCUCACCCAAGUUAGAAUCGGAAGAUUUCUUUACAAUCCUUCGUAGUUUAUCUUCACCCACCAACACUUUGGUGCUAGAGAGUAUGGCCGAUCAUUUCCAGCUGGUCCAGACAAGCGAUUUGAUUCAAAGCUACCACAGGGAGGAGGAGGUUUUUAAGAUGAAGCUCCUCGAUAAAGACUUUGCUCGCGAGCUCCAAGAAGAGAUGUCAAGGUUUGAACCAGACUCAGAAAUACAGAUCAACCUCAAGCUUCAGUGGCACUGUUAUGAUGACAUGACGGUGAAAGAGUUCCGGGAUUUACUCAACGAAAUUUUCUCGUCCAAUUCUCGUUAUAUACACCUCCUACAGGUUAAGAAAGGGUGUGUCCAUUGCGUGUGUCGGGCCCCAUUGGUACUACAAGAGGUACUGGUGACACUAGCUAGAGAUAGACUGGAGUGGUUGGUAGAUAAAGGGAUCGGUCUGUUUAGUAUUGGGGGUGUGUCUAUAAUAGAAGAGAAGGUGGUUGAGAAUGGAGUGAAUCAUGAUAAUGAAUCUUUAGGUAAGCAAAAGUCCGUUCCAACCCAGAAACCCACAGUCCCGGUUACUAUAGAAACAACACAGCCCCUCCCACAGGAAGUGAUCGACCUCCUCAACCAGUACCUCUCUCACAACAGUUGCCACGGAAACCCGUCGACCUGCAUGAGUUGCUGCAAGAUUGACCGAACAGCUCGACGACUACUAUCAACAUACACAAUAAAACAAGACAAUGAAAUAGACGGGGCUUUAGACGAGAAGUCACACCUAUGGGUGUCGCCUGAUCAAGGACUAGGACAAAGCUUAACGAAAGGAAUGACAGAAGGAGAAAGAGAGAGAAAGGAGGAGGAGGGAGAGGGGAACGACGCUGAGUCUAGUCAGAGUAUAUCAAUAUUUAGUAUACCACAGACUGUGAGGGAUAAUAUGUUGAAUGAAGAGGAGAGAGAGCGAUUGGAGCCAAAAAUAAGUUUAAAAGAAACAGGAGGCUGCACACAUAAAAUGGAGGAGAGAGGACUAAAAAAAGACAAGAAACAAGAAGCAGCGACUAUCACUGAUUCUAAUACAAUGGCGGCCGGCUCAUUCCAAUCGCAAUCAGUUACUGAUCCUACACUAUCUUCAAGAGACAGUAACAAUGUUACUAUACCAACUCAAAUAGAAUCUACUAGUACUUCAUAUGAUGAUCAACCAGUCGUUACUCCAAUGUCACCACCUUUAUAUUCAUCUCAUCCAACCUUCGUCCGUCGUUCGUCCAGUAACUAUGACAGCGGGAUUGUUCUUGGUCCUCCUAGCGAUGAGACUGGCGAUAAAGUGGGAGGGGUCGACGAGAAGGUGGGCGUGGCUGAUGCUUAUAGAGUGAUUGAGAGGGAGGAGAGUGGGAGGAGACACGAGAUACUGAGUCAAAUAAAAGAAGAGAAAUAAACAAUAACAAUAACAAUAAUAAAAAUAU